CAAAAUCGUAAGACACCCAACACCAAAGGUCUAUCUCUGCAGAUCCCUUCUUCAUUGCACAAUCAACUAACUCUUGCAGAGAGUAGUGUGUAUACAUUCUUGUGCAGCUAAAGAGGGAUAGAAGACCAAUUAGAGAUGGCGCUGAGUAGAGAAAUCAUGUGUUGUUCUGCAAUUGAGAGAUCAUCUCCAUUUUUGACCUCCUCAAAGGAUUUAUUGAAACAGAACACUCUGCUUUUGGUUAAAAGUAAGCCAGUGUAUUUCCAGAGGAGAAUGAAUUUGAAGGUUGUUCCUACUAUGGCUGCAAUUCGUGAAGAUUUGUUUAUAAAGGCAGUGCCUGCAGAUCAUCAAGAAGAGAAGCCAGUGAACUUCAAGGUGAGGGCAGUGGUCACUGUGAAGCCGAAAAGCAAAGAGGAUUUGAAGGAGACAUUUGUGAAGCAUUUGGAUGCUUUCACUGACAAAAUUGGGAGAAAUGUUGCUUUGGUUCUUAUUAGUACUGAAAUUGAUCAAAAAACAAAGGCACCAAAGAGGAGCAAUGAAGCUGUGUUGAAGGACUGGUCGAAGAAAUCGAAUGUUAAAGCCAAAAGGGUUCAUUACACAGCAGAGUUCAUUGUGGACUCAAAUUUUGGGGUUCCAGGAGCUAUCACAGUGAGCAACAAGCACCAACAAGAAUUUUUCUUGGAGAGUAUCACCAUUGAAGGAUUUGCUAGUGGUCCAGUCCAUUUCCCUUGCAACUCUUGGGUUCAGGCCAGCAAAUCUCAUCCUGAAAAAAGGAUUUUCUUCUCUAAUCAGCCAUAUUUACCAAGUGAAACUCCAGCGGGACUUAGAUCGUUGAGACAAACUGAGCUAAGAAGCAUCAGAGGUGAUGGCAAAGGAGAAAGAAAAUUAUCGGAUAGAAUAUACGAUUUCGAUGUUUAUAAUGAUCUAGGAAAUCCGGACAAGGGUAUUGAAUUUGUUAGACCAACUCUCGGAGGUAAAGAAAUUCCAUACCCCAGACGUUGUCGGACUGGACGCCCUGCGACCGAUUCAGAUAUGUACGCAGAGAGCCGGGUAGAGAAGCCAUUGCCAAUGUACGUGCCUAGAGACGAACAAUUUGAGGAGUGUAAACAAGAUGCAUUCUCGGCUGGGAGGCUUAAGGCAGUUCUUCACAACUUAUUACCAUCCUUAAAAGCCAGCCUUUCUGCUCAUAACCAUGACUUGAAAGGAUUUUCCGACAUCGACAGUCUUUACAGCAAAGGGCUUCUCCUGAAAGUACCAAUGCUGCAAGAUGAGCUGUUGAAAAAGCUACCACUGUCAAAACUUGUUACCACCAUUAAGGAAUCUAGCCAGGGACUUCUCAGAUAUGACACACCAAAGAUAGUGUCCAAGGACAAGUUUGCCUGGCUAAGAGACGAUGAAUUCGGUCGCCAAACAAUGGCUGGAGUUAACCCGGUUAACAUUGAGAGACUCAAGGAAUUUCCUCCAGUGAGUAAACUUGACCCUGAAAUCCAUGGUCCGCAGGAGUCUGCACUCAAAGAAGAGCACAUACUGGGACAUCUCAAUGGCAUGACAGUUCAACAAGCAUUGGAGGAAAACAAGCUGUUUAUAAUUGAUUACCAUGACAUGUACUUACCAUUUCUGGACCGGAUCAAUGGACUAGAUGGAAGAAAAGCGUAUGCAACUCGUACAAUAUUUUUCUUAACCCCUCUAGGCACUCUGAAGCCCAUUGCCAUAGAACUUAGCCUCCCUCCAUCAGGGCCAUCGUCCAGAUCAAAGCGUGUGGUUACGCCUCCAGUUGAUGCAACUUCCAAUUGGAUUUGGCAAUUAGCCAAGGCUCAUGUCUGCUCCAACGACUCUGGUGUUCACCAACUUGCCAAUCAUUGGUUGCGUACACAUGCUGCCAUGGAGCCAUUUAUUAUUGCAGCACAUAGGCAAUUGAGUGCAAUGCACCCCAUAUUUAAGCUUUUGGAUCCACACAUGAGAUAUACUCUGGAGAUUAACGCUCUGGCGCGACAAAACCUGAUCAAUGCUGAUGGUGUCAUCGAGGCUUGCUUCACUCCUGGCCGAUAUUGUAUGGAGAUUAGUGCUGCUACAUACCUCGAUUGGCGGUUUGACAUGGAGGGGCUUCCAGCUGAUCUUAUUCGCAGGGGCAUGGCUGUACCUGACCCAACACAACCACAUGGGCUGAAGCUUUUGAUUGAAGACUACCCUUAUGCAAGUGAUGGACUGCUAAUUUGGUCAGCAAUUGAGAAUUGGGUCCGGACUUAUGUCAAUCGUUACUACACCAAUUCAAGCCAAAUUUGCAAUGACAAAGAGCUCCAAGCAUGGUAUUCUGAGUCCAUCAAUGUUGGCCACGCUGAUCACCGCCACGCAGAAUGGUGGCCGAAACUUGCCACCUCCGACGAUCUAGUCUCCAUCCUGACCACUAUCAUUUGGCUGGCCUCCGCGCAACAUGCUGCCCUUAAUUUCGGACAAUACCCUUACAAUGGGUACGUCCCAAAUAGGCCACCACUAAUGAGAAGGCUAAUCCCUGAAGAAAGUGAUCCAGAGUAUGCUAAUUUCCUAGCUGACCCACAAAAAUAUUUCUUACUAGCAUUGCCAAGUUUGUUACAAGCAACAAAAUUUAUGGCUGUGGUGGAUACACUCUCAACGCAUUCACCGGACGAGGAGUACAUAGGGGAGAGACAACAACCUUCGAUUUGGUCGGGCGAUGCCGAAAUUAUUCAUGCAUUUUAUGGUUUCUCGGCGGAGAUUAGACAGAUAGAGAAACAAAUUGAGCAAAGGAACAAUGAUCCUAGCCUUAGAAACCGUUGUGGUGCCGGAGUAUUACCAUAUGAGUUGCUGGCUCCUAGCUCAGAACCUGGAGUCACAUGCAGAGGAGUUCCUAAUAGUGUAUCAAUUUAGAUAUAUAUAGUUAGGUAUGUAAUCUUUAUUGAAGUGGCUCAACCAGAUUUGUUGGUCUGAAGUACAUGACUGUGGGGCUACAUGGUCUGAAGUGAUCACCAAUUGUGGUCGCAUCUACUUUUGUAUAUGGUUAUAGGAUUAGACCUCGUAAACAAGGGAUAUACUGUACUCUGUAAAAACUGUAAUGUUUUGUAAUGCAUUAAGUAAGGAAAUUUGAAACUCAUAUUGAUCUUCCUAGCA